AUGCAGCAGCAGCUGGUGAAGCAGCAGCAGCUGGUGAAGCAGCAGCAGCUGGUGAACCAGCAGCACCAGCAGCCUCCCCCGAGUGCUGCAGCAGCAGCUGAUAAAGCAGCAGCAGCUGGUGAAGCAGCAGCAGCUGAAGCAGCUGCACCAGCAGCCUCCUCCUCCGCAGCAGCUGCUGCUUUCGCAGCACCUCCUGGUUAUUAUCAGCAACAGCUAGCAGCAGCAGCAGCAGCAGCAGCAGCAGCAGCACCAGACGCAGCAGCACUUUAG